UACCACGACGACGACGACGACUACUGCGACGACGACGACGGUUACGACGCGACGACUAGGAGGAGGAGGACGCGCGCGAGAUACAACGAGGUGGUUGGUGGUUCGCGGUGAUUGUUAGAUCCCAGAAAACGACCCACGACACUACUAUUACUACCAACUACUAUUACUCUACUACUAUUACCGAUCGCUUAAUAUUUAUCGUGACCGGGAAAUAAAAUUAAAGACAUUUCAACGACGUAGACGACGCGACCUCAUCUUUUAACGUCUCUUUCACGAUCAUCCUAGUGUAUUGUUGUGUGCACGAGGGAAUUACACUCGAUAAAUAAAGGGAGUGAAAUAUAUAUAUCUCUCUAUCUCUCCCUUGCUUUCUCUAUCUUCGGCCGAUGUUGUCAGAAAAAAUGGCCAUCGCUGCUUCGGAGAAUUAUCAACUAAAAUGGCAUAGCUACGGAGCACAUCUUCAUAGCUCCGUAGCGACCCUACUUCAAUCGGAAUCCUUUGCGGAUGUUCUUCUGGCAACGUCCUGCGGCCGGCACGUGGCGGCACAUCGGUUUGUCCUUGCAGCAUGUUCUUCGUACUUGAGUCACAUCUUUCAAACCUGUCAUUUUGCGGCCAAUUCGAAUGCCCAAACCAUCGUAGUAUUACCAACAGAGAUCGGAUACCGUACAUUGAAGAUUCUUAUACAGUACAUGUACAGUGGAGAGGCAACUGUAACGAACGAUCAAUUGGAAGGAGUAUUAAGGGCUGGUGAUAUAUUGAGAGUACGUGGAUUAUGGAAAUCCAAUUCGGGUAGUAAAAAAGAGAAUAUACAGUCUAACAAUCAAAAGGUCGAACGUGAUAAAAAGGAACAAGUACCUUUGACCGGACAAAUUCAAAAGAUCAAAUUGGUACAGCCGACUACGGAGAAGAUCGUGGAAAACGUACAACAACCGGCGACAGCGCAGAAUAACGUUCAAACUCAAAAGCCCGUAGAAAGGAAGAAUGUCGAAAAGGUUGAAGAAAAAUCUACCGAACCUGAAACUAAAAAGGUCUUGGAGGAGAACAAGAAUAACGAGCAGAACAAGAAUAAGGAAAAUCUCGAGGCUAAUAGGAAAACUAGAAAGAACGUUAACAGCGACGUCGAAUCUAACAAGUCGAGAAGCGAAGGUGGCGAAAAUGCGGAAUUAAAUUUAGAACUGUUAGUGAAGGACGAGCCGAUCGAUUGGGAGGAAAGUAUCGAUCCAUCCGAAUCCCUGACGAUAGACCAUGAGAUCGAUAUCAAACCGGAAAUCGUACACAGUGCCGACGAGGAUGGGGAUUUGGAAGAGGAAGAGUAUACUCCUUUGACCUGCGAUAUGUGCAGUCAAACUUUUAACAGGCCAUCGGAUUGGGUCAGGCAUAUAGAAUUCACGCAUGCCGACAUGACUGAGAACAGAAGAAAGAAGAGGAAGGGUGACGUGGACGACGAUAGUAAAGACUUUCCGCCGUUAAAGUGCGACCUUUGCGGGAAUAUGUAUCCAACGCCUCAGGAAUGGGUACGUCACAUACAAACGGAACACACGGAAGAACAAUUAGCCUUGAUGAACAACUCGACACCUCCUAAACCAAAAAGGGUACACAGUCAUCAAAAAUUAUGCAAUAUUUGUCAAAAAGUAUUCCCAAGUCACGCAUCCAUGGUAAUACAUCAAAGAACGCAUACGGGAGAGAGACCUUUUCUUUGUUCCUAUUGUAAAAAAGGCUUUAACGUGAAAAGUAAUUUGCUGAGGCAUUUAAGGACGCUUCAUGACAAAUUCGUACAUCCCAGCUUGUAUGGGAGUAACGGUAACAAAAAUGGCUAAAUUAUUUCUCUCUAUUAAAUCUAAUAAUAAGAAAGCAACAAGAAGAGAGAUAACACAAAGAGAAAGAGAAAAAGAACAAGAAAAAGACGAAAGGAAAAGAAAGAAAAGAAAUUAAGAAAAAAAAAAACAAAAACAUUUUUUUUUAUUUUAAUCUCGAUCUUAUAUAAAACCGCGAAGACCGCGUUUGUCAUAUAUUUAUUAUUACAUCGACGCAAACUAAAAAUAGGAACAAACGAAAUUUUAUUCGCAUGAGGAGUAUAAAGAAAGAUCAAAAAAUUUGAUCGAUGAAACAAUAAUCCGUUUGAAUAUGUGAAUAAAGGUGUGUAUCUCAAAACUAGGUAUAACAAAUAAUUCUCCCCAUUAUCAAUUUUAAAUUCGGUGAAUAAUCAAUUAGCGAUGACAUUCUUGUAUUUAUUCCAAUAAAUACUUUGUGAUCAUCCUGCAUAUUCGAAGUGUUAAUUGUAAGGGAAGGGAGGGGUCUCUCUCGAAAAAAAAGAUUAAAUUACGAACCGUUUUUUUGUAAACGAAGAAGCAAUAUGAGGGCUUUAGAACCAAAGAGGCUGAUUAAUAUUGCCAAAGUAUCUUUUUUCUUUUAUUGCUACUUCGACUCUUUUCACGUACACCGAAAAUCUAUUUAGUUGGUAUAUUAUAGAAACUUUGUUCUAACUAAUAAGGGUGCAUGAAUAAGAGGCGAGACGAAACGAUUUUAUCACAUAUAUAGAGGUCUUCGCAAGAGAGAAAGAAAAUGAAAGAGAAAGAGAGAACGUGCGAGAGAACGAGAAUACUUGCGUGUAAAAUAAUUCAUAAUAUAAAUCAACGUUUAAUGAUUAAUAUUUAUUUACUUAGUAAUUAUACGAGAAUCUAAAUUAUGUAAGAUUUAAUUGUAUACUUCUAGGCUAUUCCAUCCAUGGUAGCCCUCUUAUUCCCACAGCUCGUAAAGCUGAUUAUGUAUUUUUAUAUUAAAGUAGCUUAUACACGAAAAAAGGUAUAAGAUAUAAGACAUUAGCGAUAAGUGAAACUUGAAAUUUUCAUUAGAUUAUUAGAAUGUAAGAAUAACGCAUAAUAAUUCAAAAUUUAUCAAAAAAUUUUGGAAAUAUAUUGAGUUCUUCUUACAUAUAUACAUAAAAAAAGUGCGACAUUAUCAAAAGUGGUCACAGUUUACAAGAAACCGAUUUAAUUAUAUAAUACGAAAAACCUGAUGAAAGAAUGACAUCGUUUUAUCCUGUUAAUCUUUACACAAUUAUAUCGUGUCACUUUUUGAACUAUGAACUUUUUUUUAGUGUCAAUUCUAACAUUGCGCUAAACACACACUGUGACAAGCCAAAUGAUUUUUAAAUGUAAAAUUUAAAUAAUAUACUAUCUUCAAA